AUGGGUUCCAGACACAAGUGUGCCCUCCUGCUGAUAUCGUCGAUGCGGUUAAGCCUCUACCUCAGCCUAAUAACAGUGGUGGGUGCUAUAGUGGGUGGUGACAGUGCGAUCCCCGGCGAGUACCCGCAUAUGGCCGUGCUGGGGCGGGACUGCAUCUAUCCGGACGGGGGCGGUUGUGUCGGCGGUUACGAAUGGUUCUGCGGCGGUUCCCUCAUAUCGGCACGCUUCGUCCUGACGGCGGCCCACUGCGCGCACGUCGGCAUGUCCAAUCCCCCGUCGGUGGUGCAGCUCGGCACGCAAGAUCUACGCUACCCGUCCCUUACCGUGGAUGUGCAGAAGAUUGUGCAGCACCCGGGGUACGGUGGCAUACUUUCGUACAAUGAUAUUGCCCUGAUACAACUGGCGUCACCGGUGACCACCAUCCAACCCGCGUACCUCUGGAGGAGUGAAACAAUCCCAGCGCAUGUGCCAUUGAUUGCUACCGGAUGGGGAAAGGUUGGCCACUUUGAAGAACCGUCCAUGGUACUGCAACGUGUCCAGAUUCCGCUCGUCCCGAACAGUCAGUGCAAUCAGUUGCUCUACCGUAACCGGCGCCUCCGCCAAGGUGUGCUACCGACCCAACUGUGUGCCGGUGAUCCGCACGGUGGCAAGGAUACGUGCGAAGGCGAUUCCGGUGGUCCGCUGCAGUUGAAGCUUUCCUUCACCGGUUUGCAGGGUACCGCCAACCGGUACUACAUCGUCGGCAUCACGUCGAAUGGUGGAAUCUGCGGCACGGUGAAUCGGCCGGGGCUCUACACGCGCGUUUCGUCCUACAUCGGUUGGAUCGAGCGGGAGCUGCGGAACGGAUCGGACUAG